AUGCUGAUAUGGUGCGCGUCACUUGGGUAUGUGCGAAUCAAUGGCAAGAGAAUUUUCGUGCCUCACGAAGCAAGAACAGACGCCGUGGCCAAGCUUUUCGAGCAGGUGCAGGAGCCAAUGGAUGCAAAUUCGAUCUUCGGAGUCAUGGAAAUAGAUCCUCCUGCCGCGCAUGACAUGUUGCAAGUGUACCCAUCAGGUUCAGAACAACAAAGGCAAUUUUGGCACAAUGUUGUACCAGAUGCCCCUGUGUAUUUUUUUCCUGUGUCUCAGAGUUGCCGCUUGCAAUCGCCCGUGGAGAUUUUGCAAUGCUCGAAUGCCAAGUUGAGAGGCUUCGUCGUGCCUUUGGAGGCUGGACAGGCAGUCCGAUUGUGGCAAACCUUGCCAGAAGAUUUUCGAGCUCUGCAGACAUGCCCUGUGCCCCACAUGGCUUUGAGACUGCCGCCUCAGCAUGCAGUCCUAUGCUUGCAAAAAACCUGGUCUCAGAUCUGUCUUCCGGAUGUAGCUGACACGCAGCGUCAUGGUGGUAGCCGCACGCUAUUCAUUAGCUGGAAAGACCUGGGCCUUCCACCUCCCGCUCCAGUAUACAAUGGUUGCAACAUUGUUUCAAAUUUGCAGCUGGACAAGAAUACGGCCUAUGACAUUGGGAUUGCAUUGCGAGGUUUUGCGAAAACCCUGCAGGCUUCUCAGGAUGAGUUUGCAGAUGCUGAGCUUGUUCACGUCCAGAACUUGAUAUUGCUGAUGUCAGAUGUGCAAGAGCAGUUAGACCCCACGUUUUUCUUGAAAGCUUGCAAAGACAUGUCCAACCGAUCUUCUCUACGAUCAUUGGGUGAUGCUGCGAGAAAUAGACUGAAGUAUAAUGUCAUGUGGCUUGUCCAAGUCCUCCUGAUGAGCGAAUGUUUGCGAGAUUCUUCGCAGCUCAGCGAGGUGGUUCUUGGAGCUGUCAGGAUGGUUGUUCCCCCUGCAAUCAGCGCUGUAUUUGAAAGUGCGCUGCAGGAAUCUGGCUUUCGAUUCCCACACAAAGGUACAGUUUCUAGAUGGCGGUGUUUGCUGGAUGGUGCCUUCAUGUUGUGGUACAGACAGCAGAACGCAGCAAGCUCACAUGUCCGGUGGAUGAUGACAGACAGUUCUACUCAGCACGGUAGGACCUUCCAGUUGAUGGCCACAUUGUCACUCAGCACAGAUUCGGCGCCGAAGUGCUGUCAAACAUGCAACGAUCUGAUCAACUUGUGGUGCUUUGGAUUCCAUUCAGUGCCUACGGUUUCUGAUGUUCCUGCCAUGUCAGAGCACAGCGAGGCAUCAAGCCUUGUUGUGAAGCCCAGCAUUCAUGAAGCAGAGAGUGGGUGCUACUCGGAGAUCGACGAUGAAUCAGCUUUGGAACUUGAUGAGGCGUGGAUCAGCUACUUGAGGUCUGAACUAAAGUUCCACGCUUAUCCGCCCGUCGUCCUGGGAUCUGGAGGGGGUUCUCUGGCGCAAAAGUUUCAUGCUGUGAUGCAUGCUUUCUUAUUGGAAGCUGGCGACAGCGCAGAUGCCGUGGGCAAACUGUGUGACGAAGUUUGUGUCAGCACCUUUGACCUCGGAACUGAAUUCUCCUUGCCGAGAGUAUGCCCAGUCCCUUUGCAGGAGCUGUUUCCUUGGGUCAGCAUGCCUGAGAGUACUGUAGAAUUCCACAUGCAAGAGUCUGCUGAUUUGGACGCGUUGCAGAGCCUCCUUGAGAAUAGCCAUGUGUACCAAUCAGAGGACCGUCGAGUUUCGCUUUCAGGAUCUCUUGCGGUGCCUGGGAUACUUCACAUAAUUCACAACGCUGCGAACGAUGUCUUGAAAGUAACGAAGUUGCUCGAUAAGCAAGUGGAUGCCUUGGCAGAAACGUGUAGGUGGCUGUCUGACAAUCAGUCAUGUUCUCGGCUGCUUGAGCGGUGCUUCUCAUCCAGAGUGGGGCAGGAACUUCAAGUGCAAUUGAAGAAGUUUUCAUGCAAGGUGUAUCGCCAGCGCUGGGGUUCGGUAGCGUUCUGUUGCGAGGCCCUGAUGACAAUCAAGCCAGUGAUACUGUACGGCUGGUCACUUGACACGUACAUGCGAGGGUCCAAUGAGCAUAUAUCACCUUCUUUGCGAACCAUCAAUGAGGCCUUGACUUCAAGCGUUUUCUGGGCUUCGUUGGUUGUUUUGAAUCAGCUGUACGAGCUGGUACGGUCUGCUUUCAGGUGGUCAGAAGGAUGCCCCUGCCACUGUCAUCUGGACUGGAAGGAAGUGGACGUCCGCAGGCGACGCCUUUGGGAGGAGUGCCCUCUCAGAGGACUUCGAGUUCCGGAGCUGUGCGCCGGCGAGUUUUUCAAGAUGUUUGAGGGGCUUCAGAGGUCUUCAGCUGUUGCAUUAAUGCAAGCCUUGCCUGUGGACUUGCGUGCGGCUGACAAGAGUGAGCUGUUGCAGAACUUCGAACGAGGCAGAGCCCACUUGUACUACACCUUUACAUUGAAACUUGCCCCUUUCAAAGUUCCUCCACUUUUGGUGUGUGGAGCCGCGCACCAUUCAGCAGCCAUUGCCAGAGAUGCUUUGAGCCGAUGCCUUGCCAGUUCAGACACCCAUCCGAAGAUCAAAGAGUUGCAGUCAGAUCCCAUUCGAUCAGAAGCAGUCAUGUUCUGUGAUGACUCCAGUGAGCUCAGCGAGCUUCCGCAUUUGCAGGCCUUCGUGACCAAACUAAAGUUUGCUUUCGCUGUGGAAAGGAAGAUUGAAGGUGGCCAUGCCAAAGUUUUUCGGAGAGGUCGUCCUUCAUCAUAUCACACUGAAGCAUUUGACAGCCUGGCUUUGCGUUUUCCAGAGAUAAAGGCACAACUGCAGCACCGUGACUUUGUGACAACGCUUGCAAAGCUGCUUGACUCAGCUCGUUCCCCAAAGCAGCUGGUGACCCGGCUUGGGUUUCAUAAGCAUCCAGCGCUGUCAAGUGCCGGGCAUCCUUGGAGCAAGCUUUAUCGUCAAGUCAUCUAUCGUGGUGACAGGUUCACGUUGUACAGAUGCUUUCCCCCACGCAUACACGUCCGGCCUCAAGCAAGUGUUCAGCGUCAGCCAGUUGAAGAUGCGAAGCCUGAAGUGCAGGGCGCGUGCGGCUCAAGCCCAAGGAGCUCAGAAGCUUUGGUGGCCUGUCCUGAGCAGCGCGGCGAUGUAGUGCCAACUGUUGCAAGUGCCGUGGGUCAGCAGGCUUCCGUCGUGCGAGAUGCUGCACUGCGAGAACUGAGAGAUCAGCUGGACAGCCUUGAGUCCAGUGAAUCCCUUGAACAUGCCCAGAUGUAUUCCUGCCCUAUGCCCAAAGAUGCCCUCCUAACCUUGACACAGACACUCCAUGCUGAAGAUGUGGAUGCUGAAGCCCACAUGCAGAGAGUGAGAGCAUGCAGCGAAGGAGAUACGUUUAUGUUCUUCAGUAUUGUUUCGACAAGGCCCGAUCGCGCAAAGAUUGCUAUGCAAAACCAGUUCCGAGAGUCUGACAUUGCGAUCUCUAUUCAUGAGCAAGUCUGUAAGAAGAAGCCUCACGUGUGGGUGACCAGCACGCCAAGCAACGUAGCAACCGCAGGUGAAGUGGGCACAGACGCAGAGCAUGUGACCCUCAUGCUUACAACCCACCUCUUCCCUCUCUUGGACUUGCUGAAAGUUUCUCGCUGGAACGUCGAGCCCGAGGUUUGCUACAUCAUGGACAUGGGUGGGCAGCUGAGGUACAGUGUUGCGCAGGAUUCUGCAAUUGAUGCAAUGGUGACAACGCCUGAGGGAGCAGACCUUGGAAACCCAGAUGCCGAUCUCCUUCGCGCUCUUUCUUCCUGGCAGGACUUCAGGGAGUGA